AUGAAGUUCAUUAACGCCAUUGUUCUCGCAACUGUCGCUUGCGCCAGUGGAGGAAGCGCUCUUGUUCCUAGCACCGGCAAAUCCAUUGACAAUUCCACCACUUUACCUGACGGGGAUUCCUCACCGAUAUUUAACGCGAUAGAGGAAAUCCUGAACUCAACAGCGCUUGCCAGCACGAAAUUGGACGCUACCACGAAUGCCACUUACGAGGUUAUUGAAGAUAUUGUCGACGAAUUCACGUACCACGUCGAUAAAAGCAGCAGCCUUAAGAUUCAGCAGUCGGCCAACCUUACCGACUCGCACAUUCCCAAGCUUCUUCAACUUUUGAAUCACGUGGAUGGAGCAUCCUAUAGCUUGCUGCUCGCUCUGUACAACAAGAGGGAUUCCAUCAAUGAAAAUGGGGAUUGCGAUUGCGUCAAUACUUGGAUCCGCUAUUUCCGCGAGUCAUAUAAAAUAAUGGACAAGUCCAUUGUUUCUAAGACGCCCGAGAAACAUCGCAACCGCGUCGGACGCCAAUUUUGGCGUAUGUAUGCCAGAAUGACAAGGUUCUCCCUUGGGUUUUCACCCAUGUGGGCGACCGGCUGCACGAACGUUGAAGCCCCACUCAUAAGCACCGACCCGUAA